AUGUCGCCUAGAACAAUCGUUUAUGCCAGUUUGUCCAUUUUAUUAUUACCGACAGUUUUGGAGAAAUCUUUUAUAUACUCAUCUGAGAAUGGAAUUCCCUGUAUACGUCUUGAUAUUACCUUCACAAUGGUCUUUACGGCCGAUAACGACGUCUUUGAGGCAUCAACAUCAAGAACAGAUAGCGAUGUACAGAGCACACUUGACAGUUGUGACUACACCAGUCUCGCUCUUGCAUUCAGCGACGACACACACUGGAGCCUGUGGUUUCAUCAAACUUCUAAUGGAUCAGAUCAGUUGGACAGUAGUGUACUUUUUGUUCCCACCGAUGUUUUUCAAAAUAAUGCCACUGGUCCAGAUACAACGUUACUUAAUGAUGAAGCACCAGUAGAACUGUUUAAUACCUUACAAUCUUACAAGUGUGACAAUCUGAAGCUGUUUCAGUACAGUAAAACGGCAUCCGCUUCUGGAAAACCCAACUACAUUGUGCAAGUAGCUGUAUCCAGCUUUCAGGUUCAGACUUUCGAUUUGAACGGUAGAAUAUCAAGCCCAAAUGUCUUUUGUCUACAAGAUAACACCACGAAUACGACAUCAUCCCCAUAUGAAACAACAAUACCGUCUACUCAUAACAGCACAUCAGCUUCAACAGAUAUAUUGUCGUCAACAGCAACAGUUUCUCAAUCAACGGAAACUCCAACAUUCAAUACAACAAUGACCCCAACACCUUCAAAGCCACCUCUCAACAACUACACAGUCCAUGGUGAGAACGUUACAUGUAUUUUAUUACAAGGAGCUUUUAAAAUGAACAUCAACUACCCAACCAACAUGUCACAAACAAGUACACAAACCGCUUCUGUUGAUAUUCCUGCUGACGCAACAAGCACCGGAAACUGCAGUCUGUCACUUGAUUCACAAAGUCUGGUUAUAUCUUUCUUUAAAGACUGGUCGCUAGAAUUCGUAUUUACCUUAGAAGAUCUGGUUUUCCUUUCAGCGACGUCAGCGACAAGUGAUGCUAGCUAUGGCAUCACUAAUAUAACCCUUACGUACGUGGUCACUCCGGAAUUAUUUCCAGAAUCCGCUAUCCCACCAGGCUCAAAAGUAACUGUCUUCCCACAUGGUUCCAGCGAAGCCGACUACCCAAGAAAGGCCAGCAAUAAGGCGUUUUAUAAAUGUGAUAGAGACGUAGACGUUAAACUACAAGCAGGGGUUACCUUGCAGGUAUCGGAGCUUCAUUUUACCGCAUUUAACAACAACGAAAACAUAACGUUUGCAGGUAAUGCCGAGAACUGUCUAUCUGAUGAGCCGACUAGUCAUACUGUUCCGAUUAUAGUGGGAUGUUCGUUGGCAGGUCUUGCCGUUGUUGUUGUUACGGUAUAUACUAUAGGCAAAUGUAGAAACAAGCAAAGAAGAAGUUACUUCGGUAUAUAA